UGAGCAAGCUGUGACUCGCUUGCCAAACAACCAACUAGUUCGGAGUUUUCAAGAUAAUUACAAAAAUCUUCAAAAUUUUCAAAUUUACUGGUCUUUAAUUUUCCAAAUUUGUAAUUCUACCAUUUUUUUUUUGGAUCCUUUUUAAUAACAUCAUUAUCGCUAAAUUGAGGAUUAUUUGAUGCCGAUACCAAGGUGUGCUUAAUAAAACAACAAAAAAUUGUAACAGGAAAAAAAGAAAAUUAGUUAAAAGCAAACGACAAAGAAAACAGUAAUAAACAAUGAGCGAAUUGACACGAUUACGAGAAUUUCUGAACGAAUUGAUACCCAGUGAAGAUCAGUUUCAGCGUCUCUAUCAAAACUUUUGCGCUCAAAUACGUAAAGGCUUGGGUGCGAAGACUAACAAGGAUGCAGACACUAAAUGCUAUCUAACAUAUGUGCAGGACUUUCCUCAUGGCAAUGAGACGGGUAAAUAUUUGGCACUCGAUUUGGGUGGGUCACGGUUUCGUGUGUUGCUUGUCACGCUGAAGGGCGAUCGUGACGCCGAACUAGUGGCAAAGAUUUAUGACCUAACAGAGAAGGAAUUGCUCGGCACCGGUACCCAACUGUUCGAUUACAUCGCCAAGUGUCUGCAUGAAUUCGUUUGUGAGCAGAAGGUCGAAGGCGAACACAUGGCGCUGGGCUUCACAUUCUCAUUUCCAUGUGUGCAGACCGGCUUGAGUCGCGCCACACUGGUGCGUUGGACGAAAGGUUUCAACUGUUCGGAUACGGUUGGUGAAGAUGUGGGCGUUAUGUUAAAAUCGGCAAUUACACGACGCACUGGACUUAAAAUCGACAUGGUUGCCAUAUUGAACGAUACGACCGGCACACAAAUGUCCUGCGCCCAUCGCAAUCCGGCAUGUAAUAUUGGUUUGAUUGUCGGCACGGGCUGCAAUGCCUGCUAUACGGAGAAGGUGGAAAAUUGUGAACGUUUGGACACCAAAUAUAAGGAUCGACCUAAGAUCAUAAUUAAUGUGGAGUGGGGCGCUUUCGGCGAAAAGGGUGGUCUUGAUCAUUUACUAACCGAUUACGAUAAGAUUGUCGAUAAAAACUCGUUGAAUGCGGGCACACAGAUCUAUGAAAAAAUGGUAGCAGGCAUGUACAUGGGUGAACUGGUACGCCUGAUAACGUUGCGCGCCGUCAAUGAGAAUUUGAUAUUUGCUCAAUGCAAGCUGCGCAAACAAAUCACGGACAUCCUGACGAAAAAACCGAAUUGCAUUGAAACGAAAGUACUCUCCGAUAUAGCCAAUGACAAAGGUGAUGACUGGCCAAUGGUGAAAGAUGUCUUCAAAGACAUUUUCCAUUUACACGAUGCAGAUCCUGAUGACUGCAUGAAAUUCAAAUAUAUAUGCGAUGUCGUAGCGAAGCGUGCCGGUAACAUGCUGGGCGUUACACUGGGCGCUUUGGUGAACAAAGUUGGUGAAAGCUUCUCUAUUAUCGGUGUGGACGGCACUGUUUAUCGUUGUCAUCCGAACUUCGAUGGUUAUAUGCGCGAAACGUUGGAUCGUUUUGUGGAGAAGGAUCGCAAGUAUGAUAUUAUGCUCUCAGAGGACGGUUCUGGACGCGGUGCUGCAUUAGUAGCGGCUGUCGUUCAUAGAGAGUAUAUUGAGAGAAAAUCACUCAAUGCCAGGUUACAUACAUAAUAACACCAUGAAAAUCUUUGGACACAGCACAACUUGGACGGCAGUUAAAAAAACAAAAAAUAGUACAGUAAUAUUAGAACUAAAUAAAGUGUGUGAUUUGCAUUGAACUAAACGAAAAAGAGGACAAAGUACAAUAAAUAACAAAAC